UCGGCGGGCAGGGCCGGCAGACGCACACAGAAACAGACAGACGGACACACAGACAGCGCGGCGGCAGCCACAGCAGCGGCCGUCCGUCCGUCCGUCCGUCCCCACGGCCAUGGGGCUCGGCCGGGCCCCCGCACCCCGCCGUUGCAAACUUCUCUCCAUGGCUUAAAUUAAUAUCAGAGCAUGUCUCUCUGAUGGAAUGUACAACCCCAGAUGAUCUGAUCCUUCAAGAACUAAAUUCCAAGAAUAUAAGAAUGCUUGUUUUAAUGAAUUGCUUGCUCUCACACACAAAACCUGAGUUUUAAUUUCUGUAUGCAGAAAGGAAAGGGUCUGUCUUCAGCAAGCCUCCACCAGGAGAGAUUAGCAACAGAACACAGAGAGGUGGAAGGAACUUCAGAGCGCUGUGAGGAGGUGAAAGGAAAUACCCAGCUUGUCCUUUUUUAAGCCCAUUAGGGGAAGAUGAAGAUUCUCCCUUAUGGCUGGAAGUAGUGGAGUCAAUCUGUACAGCCUAAGCCUGGGGUGGUAACUGGCAAGCACCUGCUGCAGCUUUUCCUUUUUACCUUACUUUGGACCCUGUGUUGUGGGGGCAGAACCCAAGGGGCAAAGAUGGUUGUGGUAAGGAGGAGGAAUGUGAAAAUGUUCACCUUCGCCUUUCUGCUCAUCACAGUGACAUCAUUUCUGCUGAACUACACACACCAGGUGACCACGACCACCUGGGAUCCCAGACAUCUCGUUGUGCAGUUUUCUGAACAUGUCCAAAAACUCUUCAAGUACCCCAGGAGACCUUGCAGCUGUCACACGUGCAUUUCAGAGCUGGGACAUUCCCUCUGGUUUGAUCAGAGAUUUAACUCAACUAUGCAACCUUUCCUGACCUCACAAAAUGCCUUGAUCCCAGAAGACAGCUACAGGUGGUGGCUGAAACUGCAAGGAGAGAAAGCUCCAAAGAGUUUGAACGCUACUCUGACAGAGUUGUUCGGGGUCAUCCCUGGGGAUGGGGACCCCCUGCAGGAGCGGGGUUCCUACAGCUGCAGGCGCUGCGCCGUCGUCGGCAACUCCGGCAACCUCCGGCAGUCUCACUACGGCCAGGAUAUCGACUCCCACGACUUUGUCCUCAGAAUGAACCGUGCCCCCACUGCUGGCUACGAAUCAGAUGUUGGGAGUAAGACCACUCACCACUUUGUUUAUCCUGAGAGCUACAAAGAGCUGGCAGCAAAUGUGAGCAUGAUCCUCAUCCCCUUCAAAACCCUGGACCUGCGCUGGGUUGUCACCGCUCUCACCACAGGCACCAUCAACUUCACAUAUGUUCCAGUUCCAAGGAAAAUCAAAGUCAAAAAAGAAAAGAUCCUGGUUUAUAAUCCAGCUUUUAUGAAAUACAUCUAUGAAAACUGGCUUGAACAUCAUGGGAGAUACCCCUCCACAGGUCUUCUGUCUUUGAUGUUUGCUCUCCAUGUAUGUGAUGAGGUGAAUGUGUAUGGCUUCGGAGCAGACAGCAAAGGACACUGGCAUCAUUACUGGGAAAACAACACUUCAGGUGGGGCUUUCCGGAAGACAGGCGUCCAUGACGGGGAUUUUGAGUUCAAUAUAACUUUGACUCUUGCCUCCAUCGAAAAAAUAAAAUUUUUCAAGGGCAGAUGACCCUGGCCACGGGGACAAGUGGGGGCUGCAAUUUCCAGCAUGCAGCAGAACAAAGCUCAGUGAAGAUGAGGCACCAGCCAGGUUUGAAUGAGUGGGUGUGCAGUGGAUAUGGAGCAUCUCACUCUGCAGGGAACACAGCCGAGGACUGGUUUCCAAGCUGCACAUGAUUUCCUAUCUGCACAUAGCCAGGAGCUACCAAUCAGUUGUGGGAAUAAAUUAAUCUCUGCUUAGGCUCUAGGUCUCGAUUCUUGAAUUACUGAUGAAAGAUCUGCCUGUUGCAAUUAGAGGAAGCCUGAGCGCAGGAACUGCUGUCUGUGUGUGUGUUCUCUCCUCAAGCGAGGCAGGAGAUUCUUGAAGAAGAGUGAAAAUGAUUUCUGGGACUUGAGAUCUGCUAAGGCAGCUGUAAACAUCAUAGUAAGGAUUACCUCAAAAGAAAUGAAUUCACUUCUGCUGUUGAUCUUCUUUUUGAACCACCUCUCCUCUGUUUUCUUAUUACUUCUGUUUUCAUGCUGUAUUAAGGAAAAACAUGACGAAGUUGCCUGGAGGAGUAAAUAUUUCAACCAUUGCUUCAUUUUGCAUUGAUAAUGUCUAGACAUAUGAAUCAAAUAAUCUCAUGUGUUAUUUAGUAUUUCUUCCAACACAGCCAUAAUGAUGGAGAAAAUAAUACUGAAAACUCCAGGGAAAAACAAUGGCCUUUUUAGCCACUUGUCUGUCUUGUUUGAUUAUAUGUAAUUUUUUUUGGUUUUUGGUGUGGGUUUUUUUGGGAUUUUUUUUGGUUGGAAAACACUCUGGAAUGUUUGUUUGUUUGCUUGUUUGUUUUGUUUAAUCAGUUUAAGAUUGGGAAGUGGACUUUCUUCAAGUCAUUUAUAUGUGCCUUUUAUAAUUGUGCAACAAAUGUGAUUUUUUUUUAAGAUGACAAACUCUAAAUUAAACAUUUUUGUAAAAGGGGGGAAAAUUAACCAAAGUUUAGAUUCUGUCUGGUAUGCUUUUGUAGUCAAAACAAAUAAUAACAAAUCCUGUAUUACAUUUAAACAAACACAAACAAGACAAUUUUUAAAGGUAGCUUUUACCUUUUUUCACCGGAAAAUAUUCAAAACUCCCAAGAAAAAUCUUCUUAAAGUUUUUACAAGUUUAAAAAUGCAGUAUCUCUUUACAAGGUCUCUAUCUGAAAUGAAAAAAAAAAAAUCAUGGUUUGAGAUGUUACUUAAACACUGACUAGUUAUAUACUAAGAAUUUUUGCUCUGUAGCAGCACCUGCAAAGACAAAAUCUGCACAAAUUGAUCUUAGAGGAUGAGACAGAUUUCAAAAUCAUGUGCAUCUCUGAAGAAAUUAAUAUAUUGAUGUCAGUACCUCCAGGCAGUGAGAGGAAGGAAGUUACAGUGGAAGUUUUAUAUCCACAGAUUUUUGCUGGAAUCAAUGCAUUAAAGCUUCAAGGACAGAUAAAGUACAAAUCCAAGUUCAGGCAGUGAAGAAUGGAAAACAGCAGUCUUUUCUUCUUGAUAUCAUGAAAACAGGACUUAUUGGUUAUGGAUCUACUUUCAGCCUUGGUGAAACCACAGGACUUUCUGCCACAGGGACUUUUGAUCAGGCUUUGAAAAAAAUGGCAUUUUUAAUUUUUAAUGUAUCACAUUGGUCGGAGUUUAUGGCAAAAGAAAUCAUUAUCUAAAUGUCCUCUCUUCUAUGCACCAGUUGUGGCAGAAUGUCCAAGCAGGUGAGUAUUUGAUGUGUGUCAUCUGAGAUUUAUCCCCUUGUCAUUCUUCAGCAGUGGGUACCAGUGAGGUUCCUUGCAAGGCAUCAAUACAUGUCACAGUGUCAUGAUCAGCUGGAAUUUUGGGCCACAGCACUGCUCACCAACAUGAAUUGCUUUACCCAUGUGAGUAUUACUGGACUCGUGGCAUAUAAAGAGCCAAGGAUGCCAAAUGUCUGUGUGGGAAUCCAUCAGCUCAUGUGCCCCUUCACUUCAGCAGGAUUUUCAAACCCUCGUGAUGAGACUUGUUCACAGUCCUCAUGUCAAGAAGCCAUUUCCCAGCAUGAUGGCCAACAGAACACACUUGCAUGUCACAGGCACAGCAGACUUGAUGGCCUUACUGUCUUCUGCAUGUUCUUCAUAAAAGAAUGAAGCAUUACUGCCUGAACCAUGUUUGCUUGUUUUAAGCAUUCCCUGCUUGUUUAAAUUGCUGUUAAUCAAUAUGCCCUUUUUGAGAUGCUGCAGUAAAACAAACAUAGCAAGUUUAAGAGGUAAAAGACUACAUGCAAGACACCAGUGAUAACUUCACAGGGGGGCAGGAUUUUGGAGCUUCAAGUAUUUUUCUUUUUUCUUCAUGGACAAAUAUUAGUAAUUCAGAAACAUUGACUGCUCCUUCAGUCAUUUUUGGAAAGACUUGGAAGAAAGCUCAUGGUGGUUUAUCUCCUUGAUGUUUCAGGUUUUGUUUUUUUUAUCACAGGGAUCAAUUUGGAAUCAAAAACAGUGGAAAAAGAAGCCAGCUAUAUUCUAGCCUAUGUUCUGAAAGUUUCCUUUUGCUGUUCUAAUAAAAUUUCCAUUUUCCCCUGAACAUUUUGCCCCUGACAGCACAUAUAAAACUCAUGGCUCAUACAUGCAGAUAGAUUUAGUGUCUUCAUCAUGGAACAAGCAGCAAUUCCCAUUUAAUUUUGUUGCCAACACCAAGCAGUAACUGUGUACCACUGAUAACCAUUUUUCAGAGUGUAAGGAGAGCAGAGAGUGGCUCUCCAGGUGUAGGAUGAGGAAUAGUUUGUCCCAUCACAUUUCUAUUCCAGGGGAACUUUUUCUAGAGUCCUUUAGGCAACCGACUGUUGUGUUAGAUUCUUGUCUCAGUUUCUCCACAAUUUUGCUGCUCUUUCAAUUGCCUUCAGAAUCUGGAGAUACCAACAGAAGAUGCUGAGGUAAGAAUUAAUUCCCACUGGCAUUGUUGAAGACUGUUUUCCUGCAAGAAACUUUUUGGAUUUAUUUGGUUUAAAAGAACCAAGGAAAACAUUUAACAACAUGUCAAGGCUUCAAACUCUUGGACUAUUUUUGCCACCUCUGCAAAAUCUCUGAAGCACUCCUUGAGUGUGUGUUAUGUUUUUUACCAAAGCCAAAUCUCUUGAGCACUUUUUUCCUCCCAUGACCAGGAUUUCUUUGUACUUUUCUCUGACUACGCAGUUGAUGAUGAUUCUUUUUCUCUAAUUGUGGGGAGUC